GACUCACUAAGUUUUUUAUUAAUGAUAGUUGAAAGAUUUUCAUCAUCCGAUAUUUUGUCGAGAUGUAUUACUUUUCUUUCAUGCAUUACAAGAAUAGACAGUAUGAAAUAAAACUGAUUUACUUCAGUAUACUUUUAAUGCUCGUUAAAUGAUAUUCACCAAAAAAAAAAAAAGUCAAUCGAAAUGAUCAUUGCUGAGAAAGCAACUUGCAAUAACUCAUAUGAAUUGAAAUUAGAAUGUAAAAUGAUUUGUAUAAAAUUUCCAUUAAACAUCGAACGAAAGUUACAGUCACUCCUUUUAUUUAACGUUAUUAUAGAUAAUAAUAAUUAUAAUCAAAUCUUAGUAAAAAAUAAUUCCUUUUUACGAAUAUUAAUUUUUAUUUUUAGAUGUUCCAUUAGCAGCAAUGCAAUAUGAUUUUGUUCGACCUGUUCAUUAUGAAAAAAUUGAAUUUGCUAAAGGUUCAACAUCAGUUAAUGCUAAAAAUUUAAAACGUCAAAUGAUUGAAGAAUUUACACA